CCCGCCCCGGAAGUGACGUCACGCCGUGCCCCGGAAGCCGCCCCUUGGGCCACGGGGCUUCCCUGCGCCUCGCGCCAGGCGCUUCCUUUCUCGGCCGACAUCUUGGGGGAGCAGCCGCCGCCGCAGCAUGCCGCCCAAAGACGACAAGAAGAAGAAGGACGCGGGCAAGUCCACCAAAAAGGACAAGGACCCCGUCAACAAGUCCGGCGGUAAAGCCAAGAAGAAGAAGUGGUCCAAGGGGAAAGUGAGAGACAAGUUGAACAACCUCGUCUUGUUCGACAAGGCCACCUAUGACAAACUGUGCAAAGAAGUGCCCAACUACAAGCUCAUCACGCCAGCGGUUGUCUCUGAGAGACUGAAGAUCCGCGGUUCCCUGGCCAGGGCCGCCCUCCAGGAGCUGCUCAGCAAAGGUUUGAUCAAGCUGGUGUCCAAGCACCGAGCCCAGGUGAUCUACACCAGAAACACGAAGGGUGGAGACGCGCCUGCGGCCGGGGAGGACGCGUAGGGAGGUUCUCCAUUGACCUCAGCCAUGUGUCAUAUGUAGAUGCACACAAUAAAAUUAUCAAAAUGUUUCCCACUUUUA